AUGGGACGGUGCAUGUCGCAUGAUUUCGCUUUUACACUUGCUGCGUUGUUCUGUCUCUCCGGUUGCUUGGUUAACGUUGGACAAGCACAGUCUACGAACGCCACCACUGAUCCUUCUGAAGCAAGAACUUUAAAUUCAAUCUUCAGCAAAUGGGGUAAAUCGGCAGAUACAACUAUAUGGAAUAUAAGCGGUGAAGUAUGCAGUGGAAGAGCCAUCGAUAGUACCACCACCAUUGACUCUUACAACCCAUUCAUCAAAUGUGACUGUUCCUUUGACAACAGAACUACUUGCCGCAUCACAUCACUGAGGGUCUAUGCAUUGGACGUGGUUGGUGAAAUUCCAGAAGAGAUAUGGACUCUCACUUUCCUCACCAAUUUAAUUCUUGGGCAAAAUUACUUGACGGGUUCUCUACCUCCAACUAUUGGAAAUCUAACUCGUUUGGAAUACUUGAGUCUUGGAAUCAACAAUUUAUCAGGGGAGCUUCCAAAGGAAUUGGGAAAUCUUACAGAGUUGAAAUUACUGAGCAUUGGGUCAAACAAGUUCUCAGGACCUCUCCCAUCUGAACUUGGAAAACUCACAAAGUUAGAUCAACUCUACUUUGAUAGUUCCGGAAUUAGUGGUCCAAUUCCGUCCUCAUUUGCAGACCUUAGGAAUUUGGUAACAGUAUGGGCUUCAGACACGGAACUCACAGGCAAAAUACCAGACUUCAUAGGGAAUUGGACUAAACUUCAAGUCUUGAAGUUUCAAGGCAAUUCUUUUAAUGGCUCAAUACCCUCAUCAUUUUCCUAUUUGACUUCUUUAACAGAAUUGAGAAUAAGUGGUUUAUCUAAUGGGAGCUCCUCGCUGGAAUUUGUAAGGAGUAUGAAAUCUUUGACUAUGUUAGAAUUGAGGAAUAACAAUAUUUCUGCUUCGAUUCCAUCCUUCAUUGGCGAGUUGCACAAUUUGACCCUGCUAGACUUGUCAUACAAUGAUCUAUCAGGUAGCCUCCCCUCAUGGGCAAAUGAACCAAAUUUACAACUGAAUUUAGUUGCCAACAACUUGUCGAUAGCUGAUGAUUCAAGUACCAGCGGAUUGCCAUUUGGGCUCAACUGUCUCCAGAAAAACUUCCCUUGCAAUCGAGGUGCUGGAAGAUAUUCUGACUUUGCAAUCAAGUGUGGCGGUAACCAAAUUAGGUCCACAGAUGGAAUCGUAUAUGAAAGGGAGAAUGAGACACUUGGUCCUGCUACAUACUAUGUUACUGAUACAAGUAGAUGGGCUGUUAGUAAUGUUGGAUUAUUUACGGGGAGUAGUAAUCCAAUAUACACGCGUUUUGUGUCUAAUCAAUUCACUAACACCAUGAAUACGGAGCUCUUCCAAACAGCACGACUCUCUCCUUCAUCAUUAAGAUAUUAUGGCUUGGGGCUGGAAAAUGGCUUUUACAACAUCACCCUUCAAUUUGCAGAAACAGCUAUUCUGGAUUCUACUACAACAUGGAAAAGUCUUGGGAGACGAGUCUUUGAUAUAUAUAUACAGGGGACUCUUGUUUUGAAAGAUUUUGACAUACAAAAGGAAGCUGGGGGCAUCUCAUACAGAGCUGUCCAAAAGCAAUUUAGGUUUCAAGUGUCAGAAAACUAUCUUGAAAUCCAUCUCUUUUGGGCUGGAAAAGGGACUUGUUGCAUACCAGAUCAAGCUACUUAUGGGCCCUUGAUUCAAGCCAUCCAUGCUAUCCCAGAUUUUAUACCUACUGUCAGUAACGAACCUCCAAGCACUAAAAAUAAUAGAACAGGCCUAAUUGUCGGAGUUGUUGUUGGAGUUGGAGUUGUAAGCUUUCUCUCAGUGUUCGUGAUUUUCUGUAUCAUUCGGAGAAGAAAACGCCAGCAUGAGGAUGAAGAGCUUUUAGGAAUUGAUACAAAGCCAUACACUUUCAGUUAUUCUGAGUUGAAGAAUGCUACAAAUGACUUUAAUAUCGAAAAUAAGCUUGGAGAGGGAGGUUUUGGACCUGUUUAUAAGGGAACACUUAAUGAUGGAAGAGUUAUUGCUGUGAAACAACUAUCAGUAGCAUCCCAUCAAGGAAAGAGCCAGUUCAUAACUGAGAUUGCUACUAUAUCAGCUGUACAACAUCGUAAUCUGGUCAAACUAUAUGGAUGUUGCAUUGAGGGAAGUAAAAAACUUCUUGUGUACGAGUAUCUAGAGAACAAGAGUCUUGAUCAAGGAUUAUUUGGAAAUUGUUUAACCCUCAAUUGGUCCACACGCUAUGAUAUCUGCUUGGGUGUUGCUAGAGGUUUAGCUUAUUUACAUGAAGAGUCACGUCUCCGUAUUGUACACCGUGAUGUGAAGGCUAGUAACAUUUUACUUGAUUAUGAGCUUGUCCCCAAAAUUUCUGAUUUUGGGUUGGCCAAAUUGUAUGAUGAUAAAAAGACCCAUAUAAGCACCCGUGUGGCUGGGACAAUUGGAUAUCUUGCACCGGAGUAUGCCAUGCGUGGACACCUUACAGAGAAAGCAGAUAUAUUUUCAUUUGGUGUUGUUGCUCUAGAGUUAGUUAGUGGAAGGCCAAAUUCUGAUUCAAGUUUAGAAGGAGAGAAGGUGUAUCUUUUAGAAUGGGCUUGGCAGCUUCAUGAAAACGACCGCAUAAUUGAUCUGGUGGACCCUAGACUUUCAGAAUUCAAUGAGGAAGAAGUUAAACGUAUUGUGGGAAUAGCACUUUUGUGCACUCAGACAUCACCCACUUUAAGACCAUCAAUGUCACGUGUGGUGGCAAUGCUUUCAGGAGAUAUUGAAGUGAGCUCUAUCACUGCAAAGCCAGGAUACCUUACUGACUGGAGAUUUGAUGAUGUGUCCAGCUUCAUGACUGACAAUGAAAUCAAAGGAUUAAAUACAAGUUACCAGAAUUCAUCAGGAAGUACCAGCAUGGUGGGUGGUGCAGACCAUUCACCAAUAAGUGUUUCUAAACCGAUCCUUAAUGAGACUCUUAGUGAGGAUGUUCUGGGAUUUAGUGCGUGA